GACCGAUUUUGAUAUUGGUGUUAAUAUGAUCAAAUCAUACCAUUGUUUUGUUCUUACUUUUAUGCAGGGUUUGUUUUUCUGUACACCUGGAUAUCUAUUUGCGUUGCUGUAGUACUGUACUGUCUGUGCAAUGCUGAACAGGAGCUCUUUCACCACCCUGGUGGUGGGUGUUUUUAUCGUAUAUGUGGUGCAUACAUGCUGGGUGAUGUAUGGUAUUGUUUACACAAAGCCUUGUGAAAGUCACAGUGACAACUGCAUCAAGCCAUACCUUUCAAAAAGGCCCAAACUACAGCUAAGUGUAUACACAACAACAAGGACUACAAUUUCUGCAGAGAAUAAUGUUGAUUUAGUUCUGAAUGUUGACAACUUUGAUGUGGAUUCAAAAUUUGAAAGAACUGUCAAUGUUACUGUACCGAAGAAAACUAGAAACAAUGGUACCUUGUACGCAUAUGUAUUUCUUCAUCACGCUGGAGUCUUGCCUUGGCAUGAUGGGAAGCAGGUGCAUAUAUUGAGCCCACUUACUACGUAUAUGAUUCCCAAACCAGAAGAGGUUAAUUUGAUAACAGGGGAAACAGGUACACAGCAAAUUGAUACUGAUAAGAAAAAGGAAACGUAUGCUUUGGAUGAGCCUGUCUCACACUGGAGAUCUCGACUGACGCUGAAUGUUAUGGUAGAGGAUUUUGUUUUUGAUGGGUCUUCUCUUCCUGCUGAUGUUCACAGAUACAUGAAAAUGAUACAAUUGGGAAAAUCUGUUUAUUAUCUUCCCAUAAUAUUUAUUGAUCAGUUAAGCAACAGAGUGAAAGAUUUAAUGAUGAUAAAUCGUUCAACUACAGAGCUCCCCCUCACUGUGUCAUAUGAUAAAAUAUCGUUAGGAAAGCUUCGAUUUUGGAUCCACAUGCAAGAUGCUGUAUACUCUUUACAGCAGUUUGGGUUUUCAGAAAAGGAUGCAGAUGAAGUUAAAGGAUUAUUUGUUGACACAAACCUAUACUUUCUGGCACUUACGUUUUUUGUUGCAGCUUUUCAUCUUCUAUUUGAUUUUCUUGCAUUUAAAAAUGAUAUCAGCUUUUGGAAAAAGAAGAAAAAUAUGGUUGGAAUGUCUACAAAAGCAGUACUGUGGCGUUGCUUUAGCACUGUGGUAAUAUUCCUGUUUUUGCUGGAUGAACAAACAAGUUUAUUGGUACUUAUUCCAGCAGGCAUUGGAGCUAUUAUUGAGGUAUGGAAAGUUAAGAAAGCUUUGAAGAUUUCCUUUCGGUGGAAUGGGCUGAUGCCAGAAAUAAAGUUUGGCGCUCACAGUGAAUCUGAACGAAAAACAGAAGAAUAUGACACACAGGCCAUGAAGUACUUGUCAUAUUUAUUAUAUCCACUCUGCAUUGGAGGAGCAGUUUAUUCACUUUUGAAUAUCAGAUAUAAAAGCUGGUAUUCUUGGUUGAUUAACAGCUUUGUUAAUGGAGUUUAUGCAUUUGGAUUUCUCUUCAUGUUACCACAGUUGUUUGUAAAUUAUAAGAUGAAGUCUGUCGCACAUUUACCUUGGAAAGCAUUUACAUAUAAAGCAUUUAAUACAUUUAUUGAUGAUGUAUUUGCUUUUAUUAUCACAAUGCCAACAUCGCAUAGACUGGCAUGCUUUAGAGAUGAUGUGGUGUUUCUAAUAUAUCUUUACCAGAGAUGGCUUUAUCCUGUGGAUAAGAGUAGAGUGAAUGAAUAUGGUGAAUCUUAUGAAGAAAAGACGAAAAGGAAGCCACAUAUAAACUAGUUAUGACUCACUUGGGCUACAUCAUAUCCCAUACUUGAAAGAUACUUUAAAGAGUGCUACAAAGGAAGUUGUUAACAACGAGUAUUUCUGAAAGAACUUUCUCAACAAUAUAUAAUCUACAUUGCCAAAUUCCUGGAAUGUUUCCUUAAAAUUAUUCCCAUUACUUUUUCCUGUGUCUGUACAAAGUAAUGAACCAAAAUAUAUACAUUUUGGUUUGACACUUCUGAAGUUUAUCUUUAACUUUGUGAUAUCUUGAUUGCCACCAAUAGUGCCCAGGGACUAUACAUUCCAUCAGAAAUGUUUACUUUGGUCCAUUGAUUAAGGCCAAAUGUACAUACUAGGUAAGUUAAACUAAGGUCCAAAAAGCUGAACUGUACUACUACUAUAUGAAUUUAAGGGACCAGAAACACCAAAAAUGAAAAUUAUUCAUUUGCAUUGACAUACAGUUUACUAUGUUACUUUGAUGCUUAAAUCCUGGUCUCCUUAUUGAGCCAUUUUUUAUAUACUGUAUACACAAACCCUACUGGUUCAGUCCCAGAACCCAGUUUCCCAGUUUUCUUUUGAGCAUUAGAUAAUAAAUGUUCAUGACCAUAGCCCAGGAGCCCUGUGAAGUAAAUGUAAAAGUAUUUUAAAUGACGUUAUUUUGUUUUCUAGAACUGAAAGCAGACUGUGUAUAAUAUGUAUAAAUGCAUAUGGAACAUUUUCAUUUUUUGUGUUGUAAUUUAUUAAGCAAGUUCUUGGAAAAUGCUUUCAUGUACUUCUUGAAUUACAUUUUGUACCUUGUCAGAUCAAGAAAUGGAAAACUGGAAAUUAUUGAAUUAGAUAUUAAAUAUAAUGAAGUAAA